UAAUAGGUAAAUAUUGUACCAUUGAUUGCCAAAGCAGAUACCAUUUCAAAAAAUGAUUUACAGAAGUUUAAGAAUAAUAUAAUGAAUGAAUUGGUUGACAAUGGCAUCCAGCUAUACCAGUUCCCAGAAGAUGAUGAAACUACUGCUCACAUGAACUCAUCAUUGAAGAGACAUUUACCCUUUGCUGUGGUAGGGAGCAUGGAUGAGGUGAAAGUUGGAAAAAGGAUGGUCAGAGGCCGUCAGUACCCGUGGGGUGUUUUACAAGUGGAAAAUGAAAACCACUGUGACUUUGUUAAACUCCGGGAUAUGCUCCUGUGUACGAACACGGAGGACCUGAAAGAGCAGACCCACACUCGGCACUACGAGCAUUAUCGGUGCCACAGACUGAAGAAAAUGGGUUUUACAGAUGUGGGUCCAGACAACCAGCCUGUCAGUUUUCAAGAAAUCUAUGAAGCCAAAAGACAAGAGUUCUAUGAGCAGUGCCAGAAGGAGGAAGAACAGUUGAAACAGAGGUUUAUGCAGCGGGUAAAGGAGAAAGAAGCUGCAUUUAAAGAAGCUGAAAAAGAGCUACAGGACAAAUUUGAGCACCUUAAGAGAGUCCAACAAGAGGAGACAAUGAAGCUUGAAGAAGAGAGAAAACAACUAGAAGAAGAAAUAAUAGAUUUUUAUAAAAUGAAAGCGGCCUCUGAAUCAUUGCAGGCCCAGAUGUGCACCAACGUGAAGAAGGACAAAGAGCGUAAGAAGUAG